CAGCAGUGCGCAUGCGCGGAGGGAGCCCAUAGCGCCUGCCUUGCGCCACGCAUGCGCAGAGCAGAGGGAUCGCCGGGGCGUCAUGGCGGAAGCGGCCGGGAUAUUCAUCAGGUGUGUGGAGCGCCGGGACGGGUCCGUGCUGGAGAUUCGGCAGCUGAGUUCCGGUGAUGUGGGAUGCGUGGUUUGGGACGCCGCCAUCGUCUUAUCCAAGUUCCUGGAGCGCCGGGAGUGUACGGAACCGGGCUCGCUGAGAGGGCGAUCCGCGCUGGAGCUGGGCUCCGGCACCGGCAUUGUGGGCAUCAUGGCCGCCACCCUGGGGGCAGAUGUUACUGUGACUGAUCUAGAAGAACUGCAAGAACUGAUGAAAUCAAACAUUGAUAGUAACUCUCAUCUGAUCACUGGAUCUUGCCAAGCGAAGGUAUUAAAAUGGGGAGAAGUGUCUGAUUCCUUCCCCACACUUGACUACAUACUGAUGGCUGACUGCAUCUACUAUGAGGAGUCCCUGAAACCAUUGCUGAAGACUCUCAAGGACCUCGCCGGGCACGAGACCUGUAUUUUCUGCUGCUAUGAGGAAAGAAUGACUGGUAAAAAUCCAGAGAUUGAAAGGAAGUUUUUUGAGCUUCUAAAAACUGACUUUGAGUAUGAAGAAGUGUCCAUUGAAAAACACGAUGAAGAAUAUAGGAGUGAAGACAUUCAUAUUCUACAAGUUUACAGGAAAAAAUAAACUGUGAUAUAUUGGGGCCGCGUUUUACCAUCUCAUCCUCUUGCAUUACUGGACUGGAUCAGCAGAUAAUGAUGGGAAUAGAGACAGGAAAUGGGUGACCAAACUUGGCUAAAAGUCAUCCUCAGAUCUAAUAGUCGUUUACAUUGCAAGACUUAUCUGGUCCAUCACUGACUUAUUUCAAAAUGUCAUGGGAUAAAAAUCUGCAUGGCCAGCCACUUGUGUGCAUACAUGGCAUGACUGGGUGAGAGCUUAAGGUAUUUCCUGCCUUACCAAUUCUUUCCUGCUGGGUGGCCUUCGCAUUGAUUCUGAUGGCCUGAGCAUCUUUGAUGUUGGAGCCUACAUUUAUGCUGUGUCCUUUUUAUUUUUUAAAAGGAAUGUAUAUCCACAUUUAAAUAGAAGCAAUAGACUAGAGAUGUCCUGUUUCCGAUGUGCAAUUCCAAACCCAAGGCUGGUUUGUGCCUGGUGCUUCCUGUAGGCCGGGGAUAGAAGGUCUCAGGCAUGUGGUGACUGGUGGAAGGAGGUGCAAUGAGACCAGUAGGGGAGACAGAUGAUGUGUUAAGUUGACUUAUUGUGUCAGUGACUAAUAUGAUGUGACAUCACUUACAGAUUGGUCCACACAAGGCUUUGGCAGCCUAUGCAUUUUCCAGUUAAUCCAUGCUAUCUGAGGGAUGGUAUCCAGAUCCUGGCGCUUGGGAUGCUGUCGGUCAGAAUGCCAACGGCGGCAUCUUGGCGUGCAGGAUCCUGACACCUGGAAGGUCAGUAGGCUAACCCUAAUCUAACCUAACCGCCGCCCCCUUCCCCCAGCCUAACUCUAAACACCCACACCCCCUUCCCGGCGGUGCUUUAACCUAACCCCACCUCACCGCAGCCUAGACCUAACACACCCCUGCAGCCUAACCCUAACCCUCCCUUGUGGUGCCUCACCAUAACCCCCCUCCGCACAGCCUAAAGCUAGCCCUCCGCCACCCCCCCCCCCCCCUCCCUUCACAGCAUGAUCCUGGCAUACUUACUUUCGGGAUGCCGGCAGUCGGUAUUCCGGUGCCAGCAUGUUGAUCCAUGUCGGGAUCCCAGUGUCAGCAUUGCGACCAAUGUCGGGAUUACUGCUGCUGGCAUCCCGAACACCAGUAUGCUGACUGGAUCCCCUAUGAGGGCAUGCUGAGAUUUGUAGCUUUUCAACUGCCAGAUUGCCUAAGGCUUACCGUAUGGUUUGAAGACAGCGCAGCAGAACUCGGGUAGAUGCGAAUUCGCCUCAUGUGAAUGCAUUCCUGCUUGUUUAAUGUGCAAUCUUGAGGUAGAAGCUUUAACCCAGUCUGAUGCGUCUCUGUGCUCCCAUCACUUAUUGUGACUGGGUCAUUGGUACUGUAUUAGGGGCACUCCCCUUGCUGCAGACUGUUCCAGAUAGCACCUACACUAAAGAACUGAUGCUUUAUAAGAUAAGUGGUCGCACCAGUAGCUGUAGCGAUACAUCACGUCAAAAUGUUGUCCUCCAAGAUCAGCACCCUGCACCUAGAGUGACCAUUAUAUUUAUUAAUAAAUGUAAAAUAUAAAAAUUCCCAUCUUUUCACACACCCCACCUUGGACAUUGCAGCAGUCCUAAAGGGGAAUAGACAGGACGCUCUUUGUGAAAAUACAGUUCUAAGAAACAGCUGCUGAUGAGAGGGCAGUACUAGAGGAGAGUUCUGCCGCACAUACUCCGCAGCAUCUUCCACCAGCAUAUCUAACCUGAGGAUGAGUAGCCAAUCUACGUACAGCUACAUCACUUUAUUAUCCUGGAUGUCAUGAGUCACUGCCGCUGCACCUGUUCACACUUUCCCCAGCUUACUGAGCCCUUGCCUGAGUACACCUGAGUGGUGUACACUCUAUGUGAGGCCGUUCUCUGAGCCAGGGAUCAGCAGCUUUUACUGGCAGUGCUCCACUUGCCUUAACAUCAGACGACUACUAGGUUGAGCUGGCAUUGUAUCUUCCAUUACUUCUGCGUGGCACCCCGAGUCUCCUGAUUUCACUCCCAGUAGAUGUAUGGUCUGCUUAUUCAAGAGGUGGAAUGAGUGACCGUUAAUUGCAAGUUAAACCUCUAACCUGAUACACCAUGUUCUGUAACUAGUCUUUCCCCAUUGGUGCACUGACCUGUACUGUACGUGAUGUGGGAGUGUCUGAUAUAUCCAGGCCAGCUGACACCUGUAUACCCAACCACUGUAGUAGAUGCGUCUACAACUGCUGCUUUAUGCAAGGACUGAUCGGGGCUGCUUCUUGUUGAGAGCAUGCAUCUCAUUUACUCCUCUUUAUUACAGCUAGCCUCUUUUCAUUUGCUAUAAGCUUGGCACCCUGAAAGACUGACACAAUAUAAAUCCUGACCAUUAGACUCUUAACAGCUGCCCUUACCCUCCUUCAGUAGCAGCAGUCCUCUUUUUUUGGGAAACUAAGUGGAUUUGUGUUGUGGGAUCCAUUAGAUACCAGCUUAUUGUACAAGUUUAUGACUUGGAACUCUAAGCGUCUCCCUUUGGUUCGUUGCUGCUAGAUCCACACCUCCCUAUGGCUUAUUUGUGAUUGGUAAUUCCCUGCCCCCGUUGUCUUUGUACCUGCCUGGUUGGCACUUAUAGAAGAUCAGGAUUGGCUGACACAUGCCUUGUGAUCACUGUGACCUCUCUGUAUCCUGGCUGUACGUUUCUAAUGCUUGUUAUGCAGAUGCCAAGUUUUGCUCUAACUCGUUUUCAAUAAAACACAAGUUAAAAAAAUAUAUAUAUGAAAGUCUCUUUGUGGAAACGGCUACAUAUUGGUUUUGCUGCUCGUGUUAGAAUAGACGAAUGCUUGCUGUAUCUGUAAUCCAGAAAUGUCUGUGUAACUGCCCAGAUCGAGGGUUCAGAGCAGCCCCUUCUGCCUGAUAGUGUACUAGGUACUAAUAUUGGGCAUACUUGGCAAGGGAAGCUUCUUUGCUGAACAAGAACAAAUGGUCUCCGUCUUGGUAGAGUUCUCAUAAAUAGUAGUUCCGCCACAGCAUGGCAGACACCUCCUGUAUAGAAGCCUGGGUGUGCCUAGACCCAAAGGUCUCCUUCAGUGCUUCUGCUAUCUUCCCAACUCCAUAAGUCUGGGGGAGAUGAUUAUUGGUUGGCACUUUCUCCCUCUCCAAGGUAUGAUACAUCUCCUCCUGUGUAGCCAGUCAGUCUGCGCGUGAAUGAGACAAAGGUGUCAUGUACUGGUCUGUGCAUAUCCUGAUUUCAUUAUACAUGGCAAGUGUGUCCCAACAUCUAAGAACAACAAUUGACUUUAACAAAGACCAUCUCUAUAUAGGCUACAAAACAUUAAUGCUCAGCAAGAGCCGUGUCUUCCAUUCACUUAUUUGUAUCUGCUCCUGUUGUCCGUUUAGCCUUCCAUGGCAGCCACCUAUAACAACGUCCAGGUAUAAACAUUACUCCACAUGUCCCUGUACAGGUCACCUAGAUUCUCUUUCAAUGUUGGGAUGAGGAUCAGCACAAGCAUUCAUGAUAAUGAGUCUGUUUGGGUUCUCUCUAAAUUUAAUACAGAAUAAGCGGUCUGGGUAAAAUAACAGUUUUGUAAAACGUGGUUCAUCCAGAUAUAUUAUCGGCGGGAGCAUUAAAAAUAAGUAUACAGAAACAGAGAAUGUUCUACUCUAUCACACAUAACAUAGAAACAGAGACUAUGACGGCAGAUAAGAACCACUUGGCCGAUCUAGUCUGCUCCUUUCUUAUAAACGGUAAUGACUGGCAUUGUCCUGCUGGUGGAGCUGUUUCUCCACUCAUUGAGUAUGUUUCUCAACCGGCUGAUGUCCUCCUACUGUACAUACAUUUUCCUUUUUUAAACUGUUCAUAGAGUUCUGUUAUACCUCCCUAGUAAAUUUGAGGUUGCUUGUUUUGAGCUCAUUAAAGUAGAGAAUUGUUUCAUUCUCUGUAAAGCGCUGUGGAAUAUGUGUGUGCUAUAUAAAUAACUGGUAGUAAUAAUUAUUAGAACUUACAGAAGCCAGCAUUAGCUUGAACAGUGUUCUUUAGUAGCUUUUUCCAUACAGCUUUCAGUGUCUACACUCUGCUGUAGCUGUGAUUGACAGACAGAGGCGUUCGCGGGGCGGGGAUGCCGUGUUGUUGGGCCGUGCUGCAAGAAGUGCAGGGUAAAUAUUGGCUGCUUUAUUUUUACACUGCAAUCAACCUUGAAUUAGGCCCUUAGUUCUGUAUUCCAGUUUGUAAAAUGACAGAAGCAGAUUGGUACUUUUAUCUCUCUCCAAGAUUUGAUGAAUUUCCCCCAAGUGACAUAACCAUUCAUGUCCCUGCAUGCCUGCCAAAAGAACAGCGUGCCCAUAUGGUGCAGUGAUCAUUUGGUUAGAGUGACCGAUUUGGCUGGCAACCAUAUCAUCUGUCAGUAUACAACACACUGGGCUGCUGAUAUUUUCUGUUUUAUUCAUGUGUAAAUAAUACAAUACAGAAGCAAGGUGAUGGUGUUCUAGUAAAGGUCCCUAUAAACUACCCAAUCCCCGCCAAUGCCGGUAUUGGCGGAGGAAGGGACAGCAUUGGCAAGUGCACACACACUUGCCGAUGCGGCCGGGACAGGCAGCGGUGGUUGGGGGGCGGCGGGGGGAAUGGCGCCCAUGCUGCAUCUGCAGGCUGUCGUUAACGAGGCCCUCCCUCGUUUGUACAUGUUCAGACGAGUCCAGGUACUGGUGAUAACAAUUGUGAAUGUGUAUAUAAAAACAGUGGGCAGAAGCACAUAUCAUCAUUAUUAUUAUCCUUUAUUUAUAUGGCGCCACAAGGGAUCCGCAGCGCCCAUUAUAGAGUAUAUAAACAAAUGAGCAAAAUAAGAAAACAGCACUUACAGUUCAAGACAACAUAGGACAUGUACGGAAAAACGGGUUAGGCGCCAUCAAAGGGAGUAUAGAGUAUAAGAUAGUGUAAGUAAGUGGCACAUGAGGGCAGAAGGCCCUGCUCUUGCAGAUCUCAUAUUAGCAUAAGAAAGUAAAUAGCCUCACACGAUAUGUACUGAAUGCCUCCUAUUCUGAUCAGUGACAGCACAUCUUCUUUCUCCAACACUGACUUCUCUGAAAGAGUAUUAAUGGAAUUAGUUGUAUGGGGUAGGUGGAGUUGGUUCAAAGAUGAGACUUUGAGGUAGGUCAUAGUCAGGAUUUGAACCCAUCACCUGUUACAUUGUAGGCAGAGCUAUUUCGUACCUUAGCCACUGCUUUGGCAAGAGCCCCACAGGAAUUUGGUCGUAUGGGAGCCACGGUCACUAUCAGUGUCAGCUCCUACCUUGUGGAGAGAGGGGCACUGCCCGCCUACUAUUCAUUUCCGACUACAGUUGGGUGCAUCCAUUAUGCAUACACGAACAAACUGGGAACAGGAAUGUAGUGAAAAAUCCACAUGCGCACAAAACCUGGCUUCUAAGGAAUACACUGGCUACAGCCCCUAUAAGCCAGGUUGCUCUGGCAUACUCAACACAGAAGUGGCUUCCAAUUGCCCGCAGCAGGCAUUAGCAGUACUAAUAACGAGUCUGAAUGACUAACUAUAGUACGCUGGCAGGACAAUGCGGGCAAUAACAAAGAAGAAGGUGGCCUGGCUGGAGGAGAGGAGGGUGGACAGCAUAGUGUCAGUGAGUGCAUCCAAUCUCUGCUGCAAGUGAUCUGUUGUAAGUGGGGGCUGGUUCCUCCUCUAGGACCAGCCACCCGUGAGCUGCUGUACCCAAGUACUCCCUCCCUUCUGCAGGACCAGGCCAGCCUUCUACCCUGCCACCCUCCUUCCCCUCUACCCUGCCACCCUCUAGUCUGUUCUGCUCUCGCCCAUCCAGAGGACCAGGCUCGCCCCCUCCUUCCACUUUUCCUUGCUGCCCACUAUUCGACUCCCUCCUGUCCAAUGGAUCUUCACUCCAUGCUGCCCUUGUUCAAAUCUUUCUGGUGCUCCAUAGGACAUAGGUGCUGAGACUGAGAGAUCUUCCUCAUGGUAAGCUCAUGUGGAGGGAGGCACUAAGAUGUUCUGAUGUUAUUGUGGGGAAUGUAGUGCAGUGUAGUGAUACAGUAUGGCAAGGCCCCAUGGGGGAAAAAACACACACACAUUAGCCCCAUAGCAAUCAAACACAAACACUGACCUCCAUAUUAAUGCAAACACACUGGCCCGCACGGUAGUGCAAACACACUGGCCCGCACGGUAGUGCAAACACACUGGCCCCCACGGUAGUGCAAACACACUGGCCCCCACGGUAGUGCAAACACACUGGCCCCCACGGUAGUGCAAACACACUGGCCCCCACGGUAGUGCAAACACACUGGGCCUCCCGGUAGUGCAAACACACUGGGCCUCUCGGUAGUGCAAACACACUGGCCCCCACAGUAGUGCAAACACACUGGCCCCCACAGUAGUGCAAACACACUGGCCCCCACAGUAGUGCAAACACACUGGCCCCCACAGUAGUGCAAACCUAUUGGACCCCAAAGUAAUAAAUCAAACUUCCUCCACAAUACUACAAAUACAUUGGCCCCCACAGUAUUAGAACAAAUACAUUGUCCCCCAGUAUAAUUACAGACAACGGCCCUUUACAGAAAAAAAAAAAAAAACACUCUCUCCUACUUGUCACUUGGUGAGAAAGAAGGAUUUCCGUUGUCACUGUCCUUCAGUGAAGGGAGCUUCAGCAGCCUCAAACGUGUGGCAGGAGCCUGCACUAAGGGUGAGAAGGGAGCAGCUCUAAGCUGGUGGGCGCACUAGGAAGGGGCACCGACGUGGCAUGUGUGCAUGACCUAUGCUGUCUAGGUCAUGGCCCGGGCCACGUCUGAGCCGCCUAGCCGAAAUUAUAAGUUAAUUGAUGGCGGCAGAUGCGCACCUGGUCAGUGACUCAGGCGACACACUUAAAAAAUGCUCACUACACACUAGUGUGCCGUGCGGCACAGCGGUUGAAAACUGCAGUAUAGCAUAUAGGGGAUGUAGUGUAGUGUGUAUAAGAGGAUGUAGUCUAGUGGUAAAGUGCAGCGUGUAGGGGGAUGUAGUGUGAUUGUAGUGCAGUGUAUAGGGGGAUAUGUAGUAGUGAUGUGCAGCGUAUUGGGCGGAUGUAGUGCAGUAAAGUACUGCAGCAUAUAUGGGGAUAAAGUUUAGUGAUGUAGUGCAGCAUAUAGGGGUAUAUAGUUUAGUGAUGUAGUGCAGUGUAUAAGGGUAUGUCGAGUAGUGAUGUACAGCAUAUAUGGGAUGUAGUGCAGCGUAUAGGGGAUAUUUAGUGAUGUAGCGUAUAGAGGUAUGUAGUAUAGUGAUGUAGUGCAGCAUAUAUGGUCAUGUAGUGCAAAGUACUGUAUGGGGACACACGGGGGCAUGUAGUGGAACGUGCUGCCAGGGGCUUUGUGACAGAGAAGCUUAGGGCAUUUUGGGCACAUGCUGCUGGUGGCCCAUGUGACAGAUGCUUAGGGUAUUUGGGCCAGACAGGGGGCAUGUAGGGAACAUUCUGCUGUGGAGGAGCCAUGUCAGGGGAGACACUGGGGGCAUUUGGGGCACAUAAGGAGGAAUGUAGGGAAAACACUUGUGGAGAGGGCACAGGCACACGUUGCAACAAGGUACUAAACGCCUCAUUUUUCUUUAGCGUUGGGGGGGCCCCCAAGUCAUAUUCGGGACUCCGUACGCCGGUAUUUCAGCUGGUGUCGGGAUUCCAGCACCUGUAUCCUGACCGCCGGGAUCUCGACAGGCGGUAAAUUGGCUGUCUCCCCCUGGGACUGCCUGUCCAGCUGUGAUUAGCAG